AACCAACUUAUCCACAACAUAUACUAAACCUAGCCCCUUCUUCUUAUCACCAACUUACACCAUGAACACACUUUCAGUUUUCUUCAUCUUCUCUCUCUUAGCCUCCCUCUCGAUUGCAUUAGAACACGACUUUUGUGUUGGCGAUCUAAGUCUCCCUAGGGGACCUGAAGGGUAUGCAUGUAAAGAUCCAGCUACUGUCACUACAGAUGAUUUUGUUUACACUGGUUUCCGUGGUGAAAGAACCACCUCAAAUAUAUUUGCGAAUAAUGUGACUUUGGCAUUUGCGGAUGCAUUCCCAGCCUUCAAUGGUUUAGGCAUCUCGAUGGCAAGGCUAGAUUUUGGGUUAGGAGGAGUAAUCCCACUACACUCCCACCGAACUUCUGAAGUUAUUCUGAUUGUAAAAGGUACAAUUAUUGCAGGGUUUAUUGACUCUAACAAUAUUGCAUACUACAAAAGAUUAGAGGUCGGUGAUAUCAUGGUCUUUCCACAAGCCAUGCUUCACUUCCAGGUCAAUGUUGGUGAAACUCCCGCAACUGCAUUCGUUAGUCUGAAUGGUGCUAACCCAGGACUACAACUCACUACCCUCUCCUUGUUUGCCGGCAAUCUGCCUGGUGACAUCGCCGAAAAAAUCACACUCCUAAGUCACAAGGAAGUAACGAGGUUGAAGAGAAUAUUCGGCACAGCUUAAUAUCAAUCCUCAUUUUCAUUCUUAGUUUUACAUUGGAUUAUAUAUGUUUUCAAUGUCGGGCCAAACUCAUUUGAAUUUCCUAAUAUUUGUGUAACAAAAAUAAAGUGAUUAAAUAUGGCCCUUGUAUUACUUUUUCCGAAAGAAAUGUUUAUGUUUCUGUUAUUGGA